AUGACAGAUGAUAUUAAGAUUAGGUUGACGACUCACUGUUGUCCUGCUGCUCAUAAUUUAUAUAGUGCCUUUCAAAAGUGGUAUAGUCAAGCUGUCCAAAAUCGUGUGUUGAGUUUAGAAAUGAAAUGUAAAAUGAAUAAUUUAAUACAGAAGCAGAGUGCUUAUUAUCAGUUAUUUAAUCUGUAUUUGCAGCAAUAUCAUGAGUUAUUAUCUGAAAAUCUAACAAAAAUACAAGUUGAAGGUGAUAAUACAGAAAAUACACCUUGUAUCAGUAGAAAUAGUAGUGAUAAUAGUAAUUUAUUAUUAAGAAGACAAGUUGCUGGUGAUAUCUUACAGGGAUUGAAAACUUCCAGGAAUUCUGUGGAGGAAAUGGUGCAAUUAGUGAAAGAAAAUACUUCCAUCAUAGAAAGAUUUGAAGCUCUUUCUUUACCAGAUGAUUGA